GGGCGGACUCUCUCAGAAGAGCUGCCCCCACCCCGCCCCCAGCCCCGUUCAGCUGAAAUUGUCUAAGAACCCAUUCUUGGCGUUCACUGCAAGCUAUAAGCUCUGAAAGUGCUGACCCCGACGUGAUCGCCUUGAAGUUACGCGUGAAGGAGGAAAACUCAUCCAUUUUCGGGGAAUCCCGCCUCUGUUUUCCAGACUCUCUGAGCACGAUGUCUACAGCUCCCACCAGCAAUGGGGUGUUUGUCGUCAUCCCACCAAGCAAUGCCAGUGGCCUCCGCCCACCUCCAGCCAUUCUGCCCACGUCCAUGUGCCAACCUCCAGGGAUUAUGCAGUUUGAGGAGCCACCGCCGGGGGCACAGACACCAAGGGCCACACAGCCACCUGACUUACAGCCAGAGGAGACAUUCCUGACAGGAGAGCCCAAAGUUUUGGGGACGGUGCAGAUCCUCGUGGGCCUCAUCUACCUGGGCUUUGGCAGCGUGCUGCUCAUGGUUCGCCGCGGGCACGUGGGCAUGUUCUUCAUCGAGGGCGGUGUCCCCUUCUGGGGAGGAGCCUGUUUCAUCAUCUCCGGAUCCCUCUCAGUGGCAGCCGAGAAGAACCACGCCAGCUGCCUGGUGAGGAGCAGCCUGGGUGCCAACAUCCUCAGCGCUAUGGCGGCCUUUGCUGGGACAGCCAUUCUGCUCAUGGAUUUUGGUGUUACUAACUGGGAUGUGGACAGGGGUUAUCUGGCCGUGCUUGCUAUCUUCACCAUCCUGGAGUUCUUCAUCGCAGUCAUUGCCACUCACUUCGGGUGCCAAGCCACCUGCGCCCAGGUCAACGCGCCUGUGAUCUUCCUGCCAAACGCCUUCAGCGCAGACUUCAACAUCCCCAGCCCGGCAGCCUCUCCACCCCCUGCCUAUGACAAUGUGGCAUAUGCCCAAGGAGUCGUCUGAGUAGCAGAUGUGGCACCUGUGGGUGGAGUCCAGCCUUUUCCCUCUGGGCCCAGCCUCUCCCCACCCCCACGUUGUUCAUCAGGGGCCAGCCCCAUCCCAGCUGCCCUCCCUCACCACCUCCACACACACUCCGGCAUCUGAGUGAAGCAUGCCUAGGGACGUCUCUCCCACACUUUCCCCAGUGGUUUCUUUCUAAAAGACACCAAGCUGACGUCAGGGGUGUGCGUCCUUCAGCUCCCCGAGCCCCAUCACCCUUCCAGGGACACCCGCCUUGUGCAUCUAAGCAUUUCUCUGCUCACUGGGGAAAUCCUGGCCUCAUUGGAGACUCAGGUUCAAGGCCUGCCCCCAACCCUCAGGCCUCGGGGAGGUCAUUAAAUUCAGAGAGCCGGGAAACCUCCAGAAUGGAAGAGUGUGACCCUGGCAUUCCACAGAGGUGCAGAUACCAGACCAAGGCCUCACAGCAGGGCAGUGGCCUGACCGCAGCUCUCCCGGCCCCAAAAUCAGCUCUGUCCUUUGUCAUCUGUUGCCACAUCCGUGGACCUCAGAUUUCCCAUUUGGAAACUAGAAUGCUGAACCAGAUAAGGUUCACCAGGCCCUUCCAGCUCCCCAGGCUCCCUGAGGUCCUGGGUCUAGGCCAGGCAUUGUCCCCCCGGUUCCUGGAAACCCUCAUCUUCCUUGUCUGUAAUAUGAAGUCAGCAUUGGCCCCGCCCCCACCACCAUCUCCCAAGGUAGGGGAGGUUGCAGGGGAGAGCUGGCGCCAGCCCACUCCUGAGGCGCCAUGACAGUCAGCAUCGACAGGGGCAUAGCAGUGGCAGUUCGGGACCUCCCUGUGCCUCUCAGCACUCCCUUCCCCACCCCCACAGCCCAAGGACAAGGCUACCACAGAAGGUUACCACGGGACCUGGGCUUCGUCUCCAGGGGACAAGGAGACACGUCAGCCUGGUGUUCACCAGCCCUGGUAGAUGAGAUGGCUUGUCUCAUCCACACCACAGAAGGAAAUAAACCAUGUGGCUUAAAUUUUGA